AUGACAAAACUCUUCACUCCUCUCCGCGUCGGCCGCGUGGAACUCUCCAACCGCAUUGCCAUGGCCCCCAUGACUCGCUUCCGCGCCGAUGACAACCACAUCCCCCUUCCCUUCGUGAAGGACUACUAUGCCCAGCGUGCCUCAGUCCCCGGCACCCUGCUGAUAACUGAGGCAACAUUCAUCUCUGCUCGCGCAGGUGGCUACCCCAACGUCCCAGGCAUCUACAACGACGCCCAGAUCGCCGCCUGGAAGGAAGUUACCGACGCAGUGCACGCCAAGGGCAGCCACAUCUACGUGCAGCUGUGGGCUCUCGGACGAGUAGCCAACCCAGACGUCCUCAAGGCCGAGGGUGACUACGAGCUCAUCUCCAGCAGUGCCACGCCCGCAGCCGCCGAUGCGCCUACACCGCGAGCCCUGAGCGAGUCCGAGAUCCAUGAGUGGAUCGGCGACUAUGCGCAGGCCGCGCGGAACGCCAUUGCGGCGGGCUUCGACGGCGUCGAGAUCCACGCUGCCAAUGGGUAUCUGAUUGAUCAGUUCAAUCAGGAUACCUGCAACACGCGCACUGACGGGUGGGGCGGCAGUGUGGAGCGUCGCGGCAAGUUCGCUGUCGAGGUCACUCGUGCUGUUGUUGACGCUAUUGGUGCCGAUCGCACCGGCAUUCGCUUCAGCCCUUGGAGCACUUUCCAGGGCAUGCGGAUGAGUGACCCUAAACCGCAGUUUGAGUACCUUGCGUCGCAGAUUGCAGCUUUGAAGAUCGCGUACGCGCAUGUGGUUGAGUCGCGCAUUGCGGGUAAUGCCGAUGUGGAGUCCACUGAUCAGCUGGAUUUCUUCCUGGAGGCGUAUGGCAAGGCUUCGCCUGUGAUCAUUGCUGGUGGUUAUAAGGCUGACUCGUCUCGUCAUGCGGUGGAUGUGAAAUAUGCCGAUUAUGAUAUCAUCAUUGGUAUUGGACGUCCGUUCAUUACAAACCCGGACUUGCCCUUCCGUGUCAAGGAGAACAUUCCUUGGGUGCCCUACAACCGUGACACUUUCUAUGUCCCUAAGGAUCCCAAGGGAUACGUCGACUACGAAUUCAGUGCUGAGUUCCAGAAGACUGUUGAGGCUACUGCUUGA